UGAUAAUGUUGCUACGCAAAGUCAACAAUUAGUUUAUGUCUUUAGAGCUGAAAUUCCUGCCAAAUCUGCCAAAUCUGCCAAAUCUGCCAAAAAAAAGUAGUCACAUAAUAAUGAAUUAAAAAAAAAAGGGACCCUUUUCGUUUCUUUUUAAUAUUGUUUUACCUAUAUAAAAUGUUCAAAUUGAUAUCUAGAACCUCUUUUAAAAUAAACAGCUCAUCUUUUAAAUAUCAACACUACUAUACAACUUUGACUAAUAACCAAAAACUCCGUAUUUUAUUUUUUGGAACUGACAGUUUUGCGUCUACUCAUUUAAGGGCUCUCAUUAAAGAAAAGGAACGUCAAGGUAGCUGCAUUGCUACUAUUGAUCUUGUUUGUCCUCCUGAUAGACGAACGGGUAGAAAACUCGAAAAAAUAACUCCUAGUGAAACAAAAGAAAUAGCAGAAAGAAAUAAUAUUGAAAUCUAUCAUACACCAGCAGGCAUAAAAACAUUAAAUGAUUGGACACUACCAAACAAUAAAGUAUAUGAUUUAGGCAUUGUAGUUUCAUUUGGCUAUUUUAUUCCACCUCAUAUUAUUUCAUCACUUAAUCAAGGCGCUAUUAACGUUCAUCCUUCUUUACUACCAAAAUAUAGAGGAGCUGCACCUAUCCAACAUACUAUCCUUUAUGGAGAUUCAGAAGCAGGUGUGACCAUUCAAGAAUUAGAUGAUAAAGAAUUUGAUGCAGGCCGUAUUUUAGCACAAGAAAGAAUUAGUUUAUUAUCAAUGAAUCAUGAUUACCCAGUUUAUUCAAAAUUGAAAGAAACCUUAGCUGAGAUAGGUUCUCGACUCUUAAUUGAUACUGUCUGCAAUCUUUAUGAACGUAAACAGAAUGCUCAAAAACAAGAUAUUUCCCAAGCAACGAAAGCACCUAAAGUGAAGAAGGAAUGGUCUGAAUUAGACUUUAAAAAUAUGUCAGCCUGGCAAGCUGAACAAUUAAAUCGUGCUAUUGGAGAUCAAUUUCCUUUACGUACCACGUACCAUAAAAAGAAGAAGAAUCUGAUUGUGCAACUAUUAGAUCUUCAUCUGUUAUCAUUUAAUAAGAAGGAAACUAUAUCAUUACAGCAGAGUGAACCUGGAAGUUUUAGAUGGGAUGAAGCUAGUAAAUCCUUACAUAUAGCUUUCGGUGAUGGCAGUGUUAUUGCUUGUUCUAAAUUAAAAGUAGAAAAUAAAGGCAUUAUAUCUGCAACUGAUUUUGCAAAUGGAUAUCAAGCUAAAGGUCAAUUUGGUACUGAGUCUCCAUUAAUGCAAGACGAUACCAUUAUUAAAAAUAAUAUAAAGAAAAGAUCAAAAAUGCGUCGUUUCGAUGAUAGGGAAUUGAAUAAAACAUAAAAUAAAAUUUGUCUUUAGCAAUCUCAAAAUAAAUAUAUAAAAAAUACAUGCG